AUGAUGUGCAAGAGAACGCUUACCCGGAGUUCCGAAUUUCAAUAUUUAGUUUGUUCUACUCUUAUCACACAGUUUUGCAUGACUCGGUACUGCUUGCACCGCAGAUGGUCCUAACGGUUCGUGCGUCUAUUUUGGUCUAGAAGAAUACGUCGCCUAAAUGUAGACAGAACAAUUACAUUUACUGCUUCGCUCAGAUACUGCUUAAGGCUGUUUGUCGAUUCUGUCUCUAAGUAACAAGAAGAUCAAGAUUCGCCGCAUCGUGUCUGUGGGUGCAGUGUCAAAAGAAUCGGUACCAAUAUUGUUGAAGGAUCGAAACUAAGGAAAAUGGAAUUUUCCAAUCCACUAGCACCGUCAGGUCAUACGACCGUGCCUGAUACGCCGUCCCGUAACAUGACAAAUGCCGAUUUCCGUAAGUUAAUGAUGACACCGAGGGCGAACGUCCCGGCAGCUGGGAGUGCAGGCUCAACCGGAGGACGCUCAGAGCGAAUUUCGGCACCAGGAUCUAUGGGGGCUCCGGCACCAAAGGGUGUAGCUUCCGCUACUCCGUCGCAUAGCAUCACCGAGCGAAAAAAGAAAAAACAGUAUUAUGCGAGUUUGCGUAAAGCCGAGGAUGACAAAUUGGCGGAAUUAGCUGCUCGUUACAGGGAUCGUGCAAAAGAGAGACGAGAAGGCGCGACUACCGAAACCGUUCCCACAGAUGAAUCAAUCUCGGCCACCGCGGCGGGAUACCAUGCAGUUGCGCCCGACCUUAAAUCAAAUCUAAAUGCAGCUGAACGUCGGAAGCAGCUUAUUCAAGAAUCUAAGUUCUUGGGUGGUGACAUGGAACAUACCCAUCUUGUGAAAGGUCUCGAUUACGCCCUGUUGCAGAAAGUUCGAAGUGAAAUUGAGGCCACAGAAAAAGAGGAAAAUGAAUUUGAGGAGGCGCUUCGGGCAAAGCAAGAAGAGAAACAAAAGCAGGAUAAACGAGCUAAAGAGGAAGUUGAGGAGCAGACUAAACUGAUGUUUAGGACUGCCAUGGCAAAGAAUAUCAACCGGCUACUAUUUUCCCAAAAAUCGUCGAGGGUCGAACGUAACGAAUUAUUCCUUCCCCACCGAAUGGCAUACGUCAUUGAAUUGGAUGAGGCGGAAGGCGAUAUUCCGACUGCACUAAUUCGCAGUAAGCAAGACUGCCCACAAAUGGCCCUUGCAUCCGCUACCCUCACUACAAAUGACAUUGUUAUCAACAAGCUUACCCAAAUUUUAGGAUACCUCAGGUCCGGCCUAAGUAUUCGUAAAAGCAAGAAACGUGGUGGAGUCGAUAAGGGAACCGGGGACAGCACCGAUCCAAAAGCGAAGGAAGGUGAAGGGGCACGAAAUCCAAGUGUAGCUCGGGACAAUGUUAGCAUCUUCGAUGAUGUAGGUGAAUACCAUCCACAACGAGAGUCAGGUGGCGCGACAAGGAAAAACCGUCGAGCUUCCCCAAGUCGAGAAACCUCGCCUAUGGAUCAAAAGGAUGACCGAGAUAGACUCAGGGAUCAUCGCGGUGAACGCGCAGAUCGAGGUGAAAAGAACGGCAAACGGCCGGCAGCCUCCCGCUAUUUUACAUCUUCGACAGAUGACCUCGUUACGGAGAAAACGUUCGAGUCAUCGCAAUCAGACGUUCUUUUGAGAACUGCUCUCAAAGCUACUCAACAGCAGGCGAGUGAUGCAAACAAAGACAGUAAAGAAUCCGGUGGUCGGUUUAAAGACAAGCUGGCGAGACUUACACAACAAGAGGAUUAUUAUAGCGAAUGCUAUCCCGGCAUGCCUGAGAACGAUGACGCUGUCGCGGAUUCAGACGAAGAAGAGGACUUGAGUAAAAUGGACAACGGGAAGCGAAAAGGUCCCCUAAACAGAUGGGACUUCGAGUCACAAGAAGAAUACGCGGCUUACAUGGACCGCAAAGAAGCUCUUCCUAAAGCUGCGUUUCAAUACGGCGUUAAAAUGGCUGAAGGACGCAGGACGAAAGGUGCUGCUGGUCCUCAAGGCCAACAGAUACAAGGACAGAAGAAGGAUAAGAUGAAAUUAGAUCGGGAAUUGCAGCAGAUCAACCAGAUUCUGGCUAAACGACGAGCUGGAGACAGUGGAGGGAAUAGCGGAGGAAAACAAGCCCGUUACGAGGACUAAGCAGCAUUGGAAGAAUUAAGCAAAGGAGAUACACAGGUGCAGAAAAAUAUGAUAAUUCUUAACGAACUUUAAGUGAAUAAAGCUACGAAGAGUUUGCCAGUAAUUGACUCAAACUGUACAGACAUAAUACAAGUUUUAACAGAGCUAUCUGUGUUGAAAAGAUUAUUAAAAAUUAAAAAAUCAAGUUUUCUCAAGAUGAAGUGGGUCGAACACCUGUUCCGCAUUGUUAUAUAGCCAAUAAUUUAAAUUUUUCAAAACAAGUGGUCCCUAUCUGAAAUGAUCCGUUUCAGAGGUCUAGCCUGUUAAAAUACGAUGGAGGUGAUACACAUAUUUUAUGCAUAUAGAAAUAGUGAAUAAUUUAUGUAUGUAAAGCUAAGUCAGGUGCGUUACGAAACGUUGAUGAGACAUUUAGUAAAACUAGAAAAAAAAAAAUGGCUAAAAUUGAUUUUGUUGCCGUUACAAGUGGAAACUAUCGGAAGUAGCAAUCUGAUUAGAUGAAAGACGAACAUUAACAUUAGGAUGUUUCGAGAAGUGUGAAUUAUUGCCCCGCAGAAACAAGUGGACAAACUGAAGUCUGAGAAACAGCAGCUGUUGGAAUCUAUAGCAGACUGCAGACGAUAUUAUUGUGACAUAUAAAAAAAUUGUAAGUAUAAUGUAAACACUACGACCAUAUUCAUCACUUUACUUCGGCCUAACUGAGAUCAUUUGAGGCUAAAUAACCUGUAUUGUUAUGGACGUCAAUAACAUGCGUAUUUAUGAGAAUAAAUUGUUUUUGGGUUAAACAUU